AUGGCGGCGCCCAGCUGGUUAAGCGGCCACAUCCCCGGCACCGUGCUGCAGGGCCUUGGAGACUACGCCAGCAGGGGUGGUGCCUUCAUCCUGUCACCCCGGGCGUCUUGCAUUGCCGAGGUGGAGAUGCCUGCCGCCGGGUACGGCACCAUCACAAAGCAGAUCCGGCGCCUGAACGUGCCGCUCGGCGACCGCCAGGCGGUCACCGAUUACUUCGUGCAAGGGCGCAGCUUCAAAGACGAGUGCUGGCUGGUGGAUCUCGCUGUCCCACCCAACGGCAUCAAGCGCGCCACCCUGUAUGUGCUGCUGACCCGCUUCAAGACGCUGGACCACGUCCGUCUGCUCCGGCCGCUCUACACUACACCGCACGAGCGCAAGAGGAUAAUCAAGCAGUUCCUCAGCGCGACUAACCUCGAGCCAGACCUGGCCGCCAACCUGCGCCUGCUGAAGCAGGCAGCGCGCGAGACCGAGCAACAAUAUACGGCCGAGUUCCAGCAUGCACGACAGCUGGAAGCGCGUUGGACCCCCUCGGCCCAGGGCUAG